UCAGCAGCAGAAGAAUGAGACGGGGAGAGAGAGACAGAGCGGUGAAGAGAGGAGGACAGACAUCACCAGUGAGGACUAAAGGACUAUCAGGGAUGAGAGAGAGAGACGCAAAGAACAAGGGAGACGAGGACAAUAAAAACCAAAGAGGAGGAUAAGAAAAAGGGCAAACCAGCAGUACCCAGAGAAUCCAUCCAGCUCAUCAUCUACGGACGACUGGUGUGAGACUGAGUGAUGUCCAAUCACAAGUAGUCGAGCUGCUAAGGAGGGCAUUAAUGCAAGGACAUUGAGAGCUGAUGCUUUAUUGGAUAUUGAAUUUCUUUCUCUGCCUUCCACAUACAAACUUUCUCACACUGCCACACAUAUCGACUUGGAGUAAAAAAAAAACAGCUGCAUUCUAUUGGAUAUAAUCCUGCUCUCGUGGGCUGAUGUCCUUGUUUGCCUCCAUCCCAUUCAGCUCCUCGGGGGGCUGAGCCAACCUGCAGAGGAGUAUGGGUAGGAGGGUGGCUGACCCAACUAAUCCGGUGCCUGCGCUAGGGGUCCCCCUGGCGGGGGGGCGAUGGGGCCCACUGUGCAGUGUCGGGGUGCAGACGUCUCCCGGACUGCGGUUUCUCCCCUCCAUCAAACGACACAGCAGCCAGCCAACCCACGCACAUCACCCCCUCAGCUUGACAACAGACAAAACAACAACAGCAGAGGCAGGGGGAGUUCUCAGAAGUGACAGCAACAGUCUGCCUGGGUCCAAGGAGACAUCUCAGAACGAGAUUAACAUACUGACACAGGACGAUAUGGGGUCACAAGGGUCAGGCAGCGGAGUUUACUGCCAGAUCAAAAGUAUUCGGACAAACCCCAAGGACGCCAGGGGUAAAAAGACAGCUCGGUAUACAAAUGGCAGUAUUGUAGCAUCUGACAUGGUGGGUGGGGUUUGCACUGAGGCCACAGAAGGAAAGGAGCCGGCCUGUGAGAGGAGGAGGGUGCAGUCAUUGCGUGGAGAGAGCCACCGUACGGUUUUAAAGACGGGGAGUUCUUGUGUGCCCGUGCACGCCACUCCACCUCGGCCCUGUCGGAUGAUGGCGAAUUCCCCGGUUCGCCUCUGUGAGACUUGCGGGAGGAGACGAUCACAGAUUACACCGUGCACGGGCGCAUGUCGCAGGAAGGCUGUCAAUCAAAUCACAGCCAGCCAGACUCUACCUAAUCCGCCGAGGAAACCAUCCGUGGCCCCCAGCCACCUCUCAAAAAAGGACUCUGUUGUGGACUCUCAGUCGAACGCCAAAAAGACAGACACAGCAAACAUCCCCCAAAACACAUCAGUCAGACCAUCUCAGAUACCACAGCUGUCUCACACCAUACCGAAAACACAGAGCUCACAUUCCAACCACGCACCACAAAGUCAGAACAAAACAAAGGACUCGAAGCAGCAGACAAGGCCACAUUCUGCAGACUUAACUCAUUACAAGAACUCGGCCACACAAACAACUGACACAAACGGGCACAACAACACAGACAUGUCAACAGCUGGCACAUACACACAACAAGAACACGCGCCACCCGCACAGGUGACACAAACACAGUCCGCUGUCAAACACAACAAGGCUAAAAUCCAGCAAGCCGAUGAAAACACACACCAACACUCCAUUGUCAAUACCGCAUCUAAACCUGCUGCUGCUCCCCUUAAGGAUGACUCAAAGUCUACCAACACCCCACCUCUGAAAAACUCUCCGAAAGCUUCUCAUUCCAAACCAUCCACACCUGUGGCACAAACCAAAAACACACAGGAGGCUUCCAACACUCCCAGAAAAACACCCUCGGAGCGGAUCCAACUCAAGGACUACACAAAACAGCAGAGCAAAUCAUUCGACGACCACACGCUGCCUUGUAAGACUCAUAUGAAAGCACAAUGUAAUGGGGCUCCGGGAGGAUUGUUGGCCGGACACACGGGGAGUGCGCCGCGCGGGAUAGAGAGGCAGCUGCAGAGUGUGGAGGAGAACCUGGUGUCCAAUCAGGAGAAGAUCAAGGUGCUUCUCAACGUCAUCCAAGACCUGGAGAAGAGCAAGGCCCUCAGCGAAGGUCGCAGCAAAUACAGAACUGGUCAGGACAUAAACAACUGCCCCACCUGCCAAAAGACGGCCUGCAUCAUCUACAGCGUGGAGCAUGAUUUCCGACAGCAGGAGGGACGCUUCCAGGGAGUUAUGGAGGCCCUGGAGGGAGAGUCCGAUGUGCCUGCACCUGCUCUGACCAAGCCCUCGACCACGCCAGCCCCUUCCAUCCGCGCCGGCACCAAGGCUCGUGUCAAGAAGCUGCGCAAGAAGUGCUUCUGGUGGCUUUGAGCAAUGAAAACAAACAAACAAGAGCCUUUCUGGGAAGCAGGUGCAUAACGUUGUGGAUUAUGUUUCAGGGGACACAAUGUUUCUCGCGGGCAUUUUAGAAGAUGUAAAUGGCCCUUUUUUCCCUCAGCACUCCAUCGUCCUCUUUGACAAAACACACCGGGGAUUGGGUGAGAGAAAGAGUUAAGGCUCUAAAGAAGGAAACAAGAGCCGAAGGAGCUGUUGAACUUUCCUCUCACCUCUGUCUGAUGGAGUGAUCAUCAUGGUCUUCCCUCAGUGGGAGCAAGACUAUCACGGCUAAUUUGUGAUUAACAUUUGACUGAAGGUGAAGAUACUGUUUUCCCAAUGUGACUUGUGUAAUGAAGAGAACAGGGGUUGGCACUCUGGAUGACUGAUUGUAACUUGGCCGACUUGCUGCGGAGAGAUGUAUGAAUGGAUUCACGCCAAGACGGAUUCACGCAGCUGGGACCGACUCCUCACAAUUAUUUUGGCUAAACUACAGCAAUAAGGAGGAGAAUGUGAACAAUGUGGAGUACCGUGUCUUCAAAUGGCUUCACCGCCUCAAACCUGAAUGUAGCAACAAAUGAAGUUCAGAAAGGAUAUGAGCAGGAAAGCCUGCUGAGCUCUCUGGAAAGGGACGGCCCGCUGGACGGAUAUCAGGGUUUAGAGAGCACCAUUAAGAAUACAUUAAGAGACAUUAUGAUAGGCAGCUGAUCUAAGACUGACCGGCUGCCUCGGUUCAUUUUGAAUUCUGUCAGCGUUGACCGACAGAAUGAUUGAUUCUGUCCUUUAUUACCAUCCGAAAUGGAAGUGUGUCGCUGUAAUCUCAAUCUUGUUUCAAGGAUUUCCACACAGACGUGCACGGACGCACACAUUUGCAGGCAUUCUCACAUACACUAAACUCACACUCGGACACCCAAACCCACACGGGGUAAAACAUUCAGUCCACACUGUAUGUGAACUAGUGCACACCAGAGGUCGACCAGCUAUCAGAUUGGCCUGUUCCCAUGUUAAAGAUGAAGAUUGUCCUUAUUCAUCGCUGCACAAAUUGUGUGGCAUCAUCGGCGAACAUGUAAUUUAACAUUUGCCAACAUGUCCAACGACCAUAGACCAAGGACGACCAUCAAUCUUUUUCUUACUUUAUCACAUUGAAUAUAGUUUUGGUAAUUUGCAAAGCUUUAUACCUGUUCUGUAUUAAUCCAGGCAGCCGCUGCAAAAAGGUCCAUCAAAAUGCAACAGAGCAAAACAUUGACAGAUAGAGCAUACACUGCAGACCUUAUAUGUACAAACAAAUUUAAAAGUUAUCAUUUAAUUAAUUACUUAAUCAAUAAAUAAUUACUUUAUCAAAUUAAAACACAAUUAAUGAAUGUCAACAGAUAUCUAAACAAAGUUAAUGUAAACAGAGUUUAUGCCUGGUCCAAACACACCUGCUGCAUUAUUUUGCGAGCACACACACACGCACACACAAACACGCCAAUGCUUCCUUCACAGCAGUUUGGAUCCUGACCACUGAUCUCACAAGGGCCUACUUCAGCUGCUUCUUCGAUUACAAGUAGCCACCAAUUAGAAUCCUGGAUUACACCACAGUGAGUAUUUAACCAAUCAAUAUACAAUGCCCCUGCAUUUUUAUAAGCUGUCCCAAAGCAGUAUGUGAGCUCCCACCUUGUCCCCCUCUUCCUGAUCUUCCUCUUGUAUGUUCAAUAAAAGUGUGUAUUUUAAGAAAAAUGUACCGUUGUCAACACAUUUUGUUGUUCAGAAUGAAGCCGCGUGGAUGGAGAGUGGACUUGUUCAUAAAGACAUAAAGGA